AUGGCUCUACCAAGUCAUCUCCCACUGCUUGCAACUCUUCGCAUUGCCUGUGCACGCUGCCGUCUUGAUUUAUGCAGAAACCUCUACUCCUCGGCUAGAUUCAACAGCACUCAAGCUUCAGGCAAGAACUCAUUUGCAAACACCCUUCUGUUGCCAAAGACUAGCUUUCCCUUGUGGGCCGAACCCUCUCAACGUGAGGUACCUUAUCGUAAGAAGACCACAGCUGACCUUUAUGAGUGGCAGUGGAAGAAUAGAGACCAAGCUCAGACAUUCGUGCUCCACGAUGGCCCUCCAUACGCUAAUGGGAGUUUACAUUGCGGUCAUGCUCUGAACAAGAUUCUGAAGGAUAUAAUCAACCGGUUUCAUGUGAUGCAGGGGCACCGUGUUCAUUACAUGCCAGGAUGGGACUGCCAUGGUUUGCCUAUAGAGAACAAAGCAUUGCAAGAAUUAAAGGGAGACGCCCGACAAUCCUGCUGCAAAGAUAGAUCUGCUGCUCGUGAGGUUGCACUUAGGGAAAUGGAGAAACAGAAAACGAAUUUCAAGAAUUCGGCAUUAUGGCCGAUUGGUCCUCCGAUGGAUGCUAUCGUACCCUUGGUCUUAUCACUCGCCACCACAGACCUGUGUACUGGUCGCCUUCCUCGAUUUCAGCUCUGCCGAAGCGGAACUUACAUAUGUCGACGAUCACCGAUCUCAGCUGUUCAUGUCGCUUUCCCAUUCAAUCGUGUUCCCCGGCACUUCAGAAGAUACUUCCGGCAAACGGUGGUGCCUUCGCUGAUGAUAUGGACUACCACUCCUUGGACCGUCCCAUCGAAUAUGGCGGUCGCGGUCAAUGCGGAAAUCGAUUACUCCAUUGCCAUUUGUCAAGAUGGUAGAUCUUUCAUCGUUGCAACGUCCCGGGCGAGGAACUGGUCAACAGCGUGCUUGGGGAGGACCCGGUAUUCGUCACUCAAACAUCACGCCAAACACGUUACUGCUGACUCUGGUACCGGACUCGUGCAUACAGCGCCCGCUCAUGGCCCUGAGGAUUACGCAGCUGGAGAGGUACCAAGCACGAGGGCGAUAUCUUGUGUCCGGUAUCCGUAUGACUGGAAAACCAAGAAGCCCGUUAUAUUUAGGGCGACCUCCCAGUGGUUCACCAACUUGGACAAGAUAAAGGAUAAAGCUCUAGAGGCAUUGAAGGAUGUCAAGUUUUAUCCCGAAGCCUCUCGUUCUCGCUUGGAAGCAUUUGUUCGCGAACGGUCCGAAUGGUGUAUUUCCCGGCAGCGUACAUGGGGGGUACCUAUUCCUGCACUCUACGAUUCGGUCACCGACGAGGCCCUUCUUACCUCCGAAUCAUAG